CAUACAAGGGUUGCUUUCGGCUCCUCCAACAAAGAAAGUGCAGACCAACGCCGCCCCCAAUUCCUGACGCCGCCGGCCCUCGACGGACGAACCCAAUGGACUCCCCCGGCCGGCCCCGCCGCUCUCCGCCGGCCGACCGUUUCCUCGGCCUCUUCUCUUCCCCAUCCCCCUCCCUUCUCGCUUCCUCGCCCUCCGUCGGGGACGAGCUCCUCGAGGGCGACCUCCUCUUCCCCGCCCCGGCCCCCUCCUCGGACCCGCCUCCUGACGCCUUCAAGAAUCCGGGCCGCGUUCCGCGCGGCGACCUCGGCCUGCUCGCCGCGCUCCACGACGGCGACAGGAAGGCACCUGGACGCGGUGGAGCUGCUGCUGCCGUUGCCGUGUCCACGGCCACGUCCGGAGCCGCUGGGACACUGCUCCGUCGCAAGGCAACCAUCGCCGCGGCCGCCGCCGCGGCGUCGGCUUCCUCAGCGACGCCGUCACGGUCCCCGCCAUCCGCCUCGCGCGCCAUCCCGGUGGCGCCGAGGGCCAGGGCCCCCGAGCUGCCGCCCGCGGCGCCGUACCACCAGUCGGCCCCCGUCCAGGUCCCCGUUCCCCCACCUUGGAGUUGCGGGCGGAAAUGGGAUGAACUCGCCGGCGGGAUUGGCGACGGGGACGACGACGAGGAGGAGCUCUUCCGUGGGGACGCCGCCAUGCUACCCCCGCACGAGAUGGUGGCGCGCGCAUCCGCUGGCGGCGGCUACGGCGCGCCCGUGAAGCCGUCCUCGAUGCUGGAGGGCGUCGGUCGCACCCUCAAGGGACGCGAUCUUCGGCGUGUGCGCGACGCCGUGCUCCGGCAGACCGGCUUUCUUGACUGAAUCCGGCAAAGGUGGUAACUAUCUUUUUUUGGCCUGCAUGAUCUCAGCUGUAGCUAUGGUCAUGGAUCAUUCCAUAAUUCUAGAAAUGUUUGUGCCUUGUUUUUUAUACAAGGACAGGUGAGAUUAGAAAUCAUGGACCUGUUGUUGCAACUUGAAUAAGUGAUAAGGAGUGAGGUAAGUGUUUGGGGUCAGGGAGCUCUCUCUGUAGCGAAAGAGAGAGAACAAAUUUUGUGAGGAUGUUUGGUGAUUUUUUUGUCAUUCCAAAUGUCCAAACUGAUGCACUGUUUCCUGCAUUAGAAUAUUGCUUUGUGAAAACUUUUGGUGAAAUAAACCUGAGGCUUUUGGUAGUCUGCUACUUCUUUUUCCCUUCGCAGCAAGGUGCAUCCACUGUAAUAGGAAAACCUUAUGCUUUCCAGUUCGACGAGAUGAGUGGAAACUUUACCUAUAUAUGGCUA